AUGGAUUUUGUAACCCGUUGGUACAGCUUUAUAAUUGCUUAUAGAACUUCGGACCCAAACGCCCAAGCAAUGUGUAGAUACUUCCCAGCUCUUGUGCUGCAGAAUAUUUUUACUCAUGUUCAGCAUACUGGUAGUCAACUUGACUUGUUCUCUUGCAUGCUUGUGAACAGACACUGGUGUAGGAAUGUUAUCUCAUAUUAUUGGUGUGAAGUUAUCUCUAAUCCAACCCAAGUAGAAACAAUCAUAUCACUGCUAACACCUGAGGAUAGGAAAUUAAUAGACAUUGACUUGCCAGAAGCAAAAAUACCACCAGCAUUUCCAUAUCCUUCUUUCCUGAAGACUCUUGAUAUAGGGGACCUUUACCAAACAAUUGGAACAUGGCUAGUACAGCAUUAUCAAACAGACUAUUACCAUGAAACGGACAUUUGCAAUUACAGAAGACAGAUUGCUUUUGCAAUAUUACUUGUAUACUUGAGAUAUUCACCAACUAUUCAAAAGUUGGUUAUUGAGGAAGAUGUAGAUGAUGAGCAUAGAAUUCUACUUGAGGAUAUGAGAAUACAGUCAGGGGCUGAUGUGUUACUACUGUGUCAGCACCCUAUACGUCCACUAUUUAAGAAUGUGGAGAUAUUGAGGAUUUCUUCCAAGUCUUAUACAUUUGAUUUACUGAAUAGCUUGGCUGAUACAUGCCAUAAUGUGGUUAAUUUACAUUUGUCGUUUUUAUCUACUGACUUUAUUCCUCAAAGUGAUAUGCUUGCACUUAGACGAUUGAUUGCUUCACAGAAGAAAUUACAAAAAUUCUCUUUUGAACCACCUUUGCAUAUGGUACCCCAUUAUUUUAAGAUUGUUUAUAAAGCAUUGUAUAAUCACGCUAGUUCUCUUAAUCACCUUACUUUUAUAUUUAUUGAUUCUGACCAUUGUGACGCUUUUGAGGGCAUUUCAAAACUUGUUAAUCUGGAAACAAUAGAAUUAGUCAUGUGUGAUCUUUUUCAAAAAGUUGUGGAGCCUCUAGUAUCUGCCAACUUACCAAAACUUAUAACAGUGAAUAUGAUAGAUUGUGUAUCAUGUUUUGAAUUAGAGAAUUGGAGAAAAAGAAUUGUAGAAAAAAAUGGUGUUUAG